AAGCUCACCGCCUGGCUGUGGACAUCUGUGUCAACAUGUGGGUCCUGGUUCUCUUCAUCGCCUUGUCUGUGGGGUGCACUGGUGCCGGGCCCCUCAUCCAGGCUCGGAUUGUGGGAGGCUGGGAGUGCGAGAAGCAUUCCCAACCCUGGCAGGCGGCUGUGUACAGUCAUGGAUGGGCACACUGUGGGGGUGUCCUGGUGCUCCCCCAGUGGGUGCUCACAGCUGCCCAUUGUCUAAAGAAGUAAGUAGGAUCCUGGAAUCUGGGGAGGGAAUGUCUGUGUCCCACGGGAAUAACAGCUGGAUACUUCCCCCAGGGUCGCUUCUUAGGAAUAGCCAGGUCUGGCUGGGUCGGCACAACCUGUUUGAGCCUGAAGACACCGGCCAGAGGGCCCCUGUCAGCCACAGCUUCCCACACCCGCUCUACAAUAUGAGCCUUCUGAAGCGUCGAAGCCUUAGACCGGAUGAAGACUCCAGCCACGACCUCAUGCUGCUCCGCCUGUCGGAGCCUGCCAAGAUCACAGACGCUGUGAAGGUCCUGGGCCUGCCCACCCAGGAGCCAGCACUGGGGACCACCUGCUAUGCCUCAGGCUGGGGCAGCAUCCAACCAAAGGAGUUCCUGCGCCCAAAGAGUCUUCAGUGUGUGAACCUCCAUCUCCUGUCCAAUGACAUGUGUGCCGGAGCUUACUCUGAGAAGGUGACAGCGUUCAUGUUGUGUGCUGGGCUCUGGACAGGUGGUAAAGACACUUGUGGGGGUGAUUCUGGGGGUCCCCUUGUCUGUAAUGGUGUGCUUCAGGGUAUCACGUCAUGGGGCCCUGAGCCUUGUGCCCUGCCUGAAAAGCCUGCUGCGUACACCAAGGUGGUGCAUUACUGGAAGUGGAUCAAGGACACCAUCGCAGCCAACCCCCGAGUGCCCCCGUCCUACCCCUACCUCUAGUAGAUUUAAGUCCACCUCACGUUCUGGCAUCACUUGGCCUUUCUGGAUGCUGGACACCUGAAGCUUGGAAGUCACCUGGCCAAAGCUUGAGCCUCCUGAGUCCUACUGACCUGUGCUCUCUGGUGUGGAUUCCAGGGCCGCUAGGAAAAGGAAUGGGCAGACACAGGUGUAGGCCAGUGUUUCUGAGAUUCGUGUAAUUUCAUCCUCUCCUUCGGAACACUGGCUGUGUCUGGAGACUUCUCACUCAGUUUCAGUGAGGACACACACAAGGACGCGGGUGACCGUGUUGUCUGUGGGGUACAGAGACGGGAGGGGUGGGGCCCACCCUGGAAGAGCGGACAGUGACACAAGGUGGACACUCUCUACAGAUCACUGAACAUAAGCUGGAGGCACAACGUAUGAGGCACGCGCACAGCAAGGAUGACACUGAAAACGUAACCCACUCUGUCCUGGGAGCACUGGGAAGCCUAGAGAAGACCGUGAGCAGAAAGAAGGGGAGGGUCCUCCUGUAUUGUUGAAGGAGGGACUAAGGGGAGAAACUGGAAGCUGAUUAAUUACAGGAGGUGUGUUCAGGUCCCCCAGCCACCAUCAGAUUUCAUGAUUUCCUAGCAGGACUUCCAGAAAUAAAGAGGCAUCAUGCCGUGGUUUA